CGAUGCAUGCCAGACGUAUGAAAAGAAGAAACAUGAUGUCGAUGUUUUUCUUCAUAUCAUUUGUUUUUUUUAUUAAGGUGUGUGUGAGCACCCGUUUAUCCUGCUUGAGAGAUGAUAUAGUGAUUCGUGAACGAGCAAGAAACAAGAGCUUAAAUGAUAUACCGUAUUUAACAAAAACUGUGGAAAAUGAAAAUGACUGCUUUGGUGUAUGUUUGUAUAAUGACUAUUGUUUGUCAUACAACGUCAAUAUGACUAGUCAAAAUGUCAAGUGUGAAUUAUUUUCGAAAAUAGUUGGUGUAUCAAAGUUAACUCCAAGAAAAGGUUUCAAAUACUUUGUAGUACGUUCCUACCAUCGUUGCAUACCAGUUAAGAAUUCUUCUCCCAAGAUUUGUGAUUGUCGAUCAACGGCUGAUAUACAUGCUAAAAGAGAUUGUUUGGAAUGGCGGGACGAAGGUGCAAAGGAAGAUGGUUUGUACAAAAUUAAAGUGGGUGGUCAAACUGUGGAAGUGUUUUGUGACAUGACGACAGACGGAGGAGGGUGGAUAGUGAUUCUAAAGCGUAAAAGAUCGAGUAACGAUGUGGAUUUUAACAGAACAUGGGACGAGUACAAUACAAGAUUUGGUAAUUUGGCGUCCGAAUUUUGGCUUGGAAAUGAUUAUAUACAUAGCUUGACAAUGAAGGGAAACAUUAAUCUAAGAAUCCAUUCUACUGCUGGAAACAACAUGGAAAAGAUUUCGAUUUUUAAAAAAUUUAAAGUUGUUGCUGGGUCUUAUAAAGUCACUUACGAAAACAGUACUCAGCCUGAAGAAUGGAAUGAACCAAUUCAUAAUAUCACAAAAGCAACAACGAUGAUGAUACGAAGAAAUUCGAAUUGAAGGAUUCAUGUUUGAAAGUAAACUCAUUUAUCAACACAGAAAAAGUGGAUUGUACAGUAUGGAUGAGACAUAACAACAUUUGAUAACAAUAUUUAACAACUUCUUUGUAAAAUUAUUCUCCAAAUGGAUGUUGAUGUGGCAGUUAACUUUUUCAAAUUAGAAUUGGUGGAAUCUUUGUACAUAAUUUAUCAAAUUAUUAGAUUUGAAACUUUAUUCUUUCUUUUUUUUUAGUUUUCCUUAAUCGAUGCAAAAGAAGUUUAUAUGUUCUCAUUCUGUAUGUACAAUAUUUUAGUGUGACUCGAGCCUUACUGUAUUUAUUAAUUAUUUAGUGUAAAUCGGCUCUUACUGUAUAUAUCAGCAAAUAUAAAAACCAUGUGAUUAAAGAUGGUUUUUAUAUUUUCAUAUUUUAACUAGUCAUGUCUCAAUUAGCUCUCGAACCGUUUUUCUCGAAAGGUUUUUCUUUCUAUACCUAGUUAUGUAUUAGAUAUUUAUAUAACAUGUAUGUGAAACAAAUAUAAAUAUUGAUAGUGUCGCAAUUUUUAUUGUUAUUUAAGUUAAAGCGAAAAAUUGUAUAUAUUAGAGCAAACUGGGCAAUAAUCUUAAAGCUUAUCCCGCGUGAAAAUUAAUUUCAUAUGAAAAAGUUUGAAAAAUUGUCUAGAAAUUUAGGUAUUUAGUUUAAAAAAUCUUGAAGAUUAUAGACUUUAAAGUUCCACUAAUUAUGCAUGACAUCAUGAUCUCUGAGUGGCGUAUUGUAUAUGACAGUUUUUGCAAAGCAUGGGUUUAAAAAUUGUUUUUAUGGCCAAUGAAAUUGAAAUUUACAUAAAUUUUAAUAUCUAUUCACUAUAAUUAUGCUCAGUAAACGCAAUUGCAUGUUUUAAAGCGUAAUGCUGCAUAAUUAACGAAACUUUGAAAAAGUAGAUCUUGAAAACUAAUAAAGAAUUUUCUAAAAGAAAAAAGAAGAAAAAUAUAUCUCGAGAUUUUUCAAAGGUCUUUCAUAUGAACCCAACUUGUAUUUUUCGUGGGAGGUAAGCUUUAAUUGAAAAUCGUCGAUCAUAUGAUUGUAACGU